AUGAAGCCCGCGCGCGCCGGCCCCCGGCGGGGCCCCGCCUCCCAGGCCCGCCCUCCGCUCUCCCACCUCUCCGCAACCUCCACCUCCCGACGGAGCCUGCGGACGUGCCACGGCGCCCGCGCCGGCCGCCCGGGGCCUCGGGCAGCUUCCUUCCCGGCGCGUGAGGCUGACGCACUGCCCGCUUCCCGGUUCCGCCCCGCCCCGCCCGGCGCGGCGCGCCCGUCCCCGGCCUGGAGAUGCGACCCCACGCGGCCGCCCCCCGCCCCUGAGAGGGAGUCAGGGUCCUCCCAGCUCCCAGAGCUGGAGCGAAAGCCGGAGGGCCCAACCUGCAGGGGUCGGUGUGGCCGGAGGCCUCCUUCACUGCACGCCAGCACCCGAGGCCGACCGAGACAAAAAAGUGGGUAAAGAGGGUAGGGAGGCGGGGC